AUCAAAAGAAACCCUUCAAAAUCAAACUCCAAAAGCGAGAGCUUUUUCGUCCUCUUUCUUCUCCGAUUCAUCGCCGGGCGAUGUCAGGGACGUGGCAAAGGUGGCAAGGGUCUCGGCAAAGGCGGAGCCAAGCGCCAUCGCAAGGUCCUCCGGGAUAACAUCCAAGGCAUCACCAAGCCGGCAAUUCGUCGUCUUGCUCGCCGAGGAGGUGUUAAACGAAUCAGUGGUUUGAUCUAUGAGGAAACGCGAGGAGUUCUGAAGAUUUUUCUUGAAAACGUUAUACGUGAUGCCGUGACCUACACGGAACACGCGAGGAGGAAGACGGUGACCGCGAUGGAUGUCGUCUACGCGCUCAAGCGUCAGGGAAGGACCCUUUAUGGUUUUGGCGGCUAAGCGUCGCCGCCACCGCCGUUGAUGAUGUGCUUGAGGUUAGGGUUAGGGUUAGGGUUUCGGUGGUGCCUUUUUGUGGUUUUCAAUGUAAAUCUUUGGAAUCGUGUGCUGGAAUCGAAAUGGAAAUGAAAUUCAUUUUCCGCUCUUCUUUA